GAAGCGAAGCAUGAUUCAGCAUAUAGAAUCCAGCUACAUAAAGCUCUGUAGAAGUCGAAACUUAACAACUCUUUUGGAACUUCACUAGAAACCAGAGAAGUAUAGAGUUUGGGGCAUCAGGGAAACGGCUUCUUGGAAAACCUGAUGCAUUUAAACCAGUAGAACCUCCUCUUACAGGUAACAAAGAACUCUUUAAGAAAAGCAGGCUGCUUCCUAGAAAUGGAAUUUCCAGAUUUGGGGAAACACUGCUCUGAGAAGACCUGCAAGCAGCUAGACUUUCUACCUCUGAAAUGCGAUGCAUGCAGUGAGGUCUUCUGCAAAGACCACUUUGCGUAUAACCAGCACAAGUGUUCCUCUGCAUACAAGAAGGAUGUGCAAGUUCCAGUCUGUCCUCUCUGUAACACUCCCAUCCCAGUAAAGAAGGGAGAGGUGCCGGAUGCUGCUGUUAGUGCCCACAUGGACAGAGACUGCAAACGUGAUUCUGCUCAGCAGAAGCAAAAGAUCUUCACACACAAGUGCUUCCAGCCAGGUUGCAAAAAGAGGGAGAUGAUGAAGCUGGUUUGCAACCAGUGUCAGGGGAACUUCUGUCUGAAACACCGACAUCCUCUGGACCACGCCUGCAAAGGACAAGCCCGGGCCAUUUCCAAAGCUGGAUGUGCUGCUCUGAUGAGAUCACUGGAAUCGAACAAGAUGUCUCUCAACCACCGGGUUCUGCAGAACAGCUGCAAAGCAAAAAGCUGAAGUUUUCACAGCCUGGGUCCCAAACUGCCUUGUCCUGUUGACUGCUGUACAGAUUUAGCUCUUAAAACUUCUGUGUAUUUUCUAUAUUACUUUUAUAUGUCUAUUUCUUCAAUAAAAACUGAUGUCUUUACAAA